UCCCUCUGCCUUGCAAGAGUGCAGAAACGGUGGCUGAGGCUUUCAUUAAUAACUUCGUGACUAUCUUUGGGCCACCGCGUGUUAUACAGACAGAUAAUGGUAGCGAAUUUUGCAACCGUCUAUUUCAACAGGUAUGCAGUAUUAUCCAGACAAAGAUGUCGUUUACGACGGUGUACCAUGCACAAGCCAAUGGCAUGGUUGAAAGGACUAAUAGAGUGGUAAAAGACGCGAUGGCAACUCUAACGGAGAGCCGACCUGACACCUGGGAUCAGUAUCUCCCCCAGGUUCGUUUGGCCCUCAACUCCUCGGUACAUCGAAGCAUCGGAGAACAACCGAUCUACCUCAUGACUGGUCAUCACGGUCACUUCCCCCUGGGGCCCACCAACGAUGUCACGAUUGCAGCAGAUUCGGCGAAGAGGUUUCAGGAACGCCUUCAGGUGGCGAGGUCAGUGGCAGUGGAAACUUCGCGUCGUGCACGAGAAGGUUGGGCGCGCAUCUACAACAAACGCGUCCGCAAGCACUUCCAGCCUAACGUAGGGGUCCUCGUCUGGGUGAAGGUGCACCCAGGGCACCGUCGUGGUCCAGGUCGCGCCCUUGGUGACCGAUGGCGCGGUCCCGCGAGAAUAGUGAAAAAAAUCGGACCAGUCUCUUAUUUGUGCAAGGAAGUGAGCGAGCCAUACCGCGAGCUGAAGUGCCACAUCAAUCAACUGAAAGAACUUGUUCCUGAACAAGAAUUGCAAUUUACUGAGGUCGUUGCUGAUGAUUCGCUUCCUCUAGAAUGCGAGGACUGGGAUGAACCUGGAGAGCCAUGGCGUCUCGCCCUUUUGUCAGCUGUUCGGGCUGCAGAAUAUUUAUGGUUUUGUAUUUUUGUAUUAUCUAUAUAA